GGAAUCCGCCUCCGGCCGCGGCGGCGGCCGCCUCGCUCCGCCCCGGGGAACUGAGCGCGCGGCAAGCGAGCCUGCCAGAGAGACGCCAGCCACCGGCGGCGCUAGCACCUCGGAGGAGGGCGGCCGAGCGAGCUGAGCGCGGCGCUGCGACCCGACUGGGGGUGGGGAGACGAGCCCCGGCCGAGGCGCGGGCCACCCCCGGUCCUCUGCCCUCGCGCGCUGCCAGGGCCAGGUACAAAAAAGCUUUAAACAAGUAAAAUCUAGGCAACAGGCUCCCUGAAGUGUUGACAGCUCAACUUAAUCAUGAACGUGACUCAAAAAUGUUAAUAAAUAAACCAAGACCAUGGGGAAUUCAUAUGCUGGGCAGCUGAAAUCUGCUCGAUUUGAGGAAGCUCUUCACAACUCCAUAGAAGCCUCUCUCAGAUGUAGUAGUGUGGUACCACGACCAAUUUUUUCCCAGCUGUACCUGGACCCUGACCAGCAUUCUUUCUCAUCUGCAGAUGUCAAACCCAAGGUGGAGGAUCUGGAUAAAGAUUUGGUACACCGCUACACUCAAAAUGGAAGCCUGGAUUUUUCUAACAAUCUAACAGUUAAUGAAAUGGAAGAUGACGAAGAUGAUGAAGAAAUGUCUGAUUCGAAUAGCCCACCAAUUCCCUAUUCACAAAAACCUGCCCCAGAAGGGUCUUGCACUACAGAUGGUUUUUGUCAAGCGGGAAAGGAUUUGCGUUUGGUUUCUCUGUGUAUGGAACAAAUCGACAUCCCAGCAGGAUUCCUCCUGGUGGGCGCGAAGUCUCCCAAUCUUCCUGAACACAUCCUGGUGUGUGCUGUAGACAAGAGAUUUCUACCAGAUGAUCACGGGAAAAAUGCACUUUUAGGGUUUUCUGGAAACUGUAUUGGCUGUGGAGAAAGAGGAUUUCGGUAUUUCACAGAAUUUUCCAACCACAUUAACUUGAAGCUCACCACCCAGCCAAAGAAGCAGAAGCACUUAAAGUACUACCUAGUCAGAAGCUCCCAGGGUGUACUGUCGAAGGGACCUCUUAUCUGCUGGAAAGAAUGUAGAAGCCGACAAUCCUCUACCACUUGCCACUCCAUUAAACCAAACUCUUCAGUGUCAUCAAGUGUGACCCCAGAAAAUGGCACAACAAAUGGAUACAAAUCAGGAUUCAUUCAGACAGAUUCACCGGUUCUCAGUCCAGCUAAUUCUGCAAUCAAUUUAAGUGGAGCUCAGGACCUGACCCGGAAUAAGAAUGUUGUGAAGCCACUGGCUUUGUCUUUGCAGGUUGUAGGGAAGACUUUUGCUGCAGAUGCUGCUAAUGGCAACAGUAGCCAUGGAGGAAAGAGCAGUGCUUCUGGCUCCACUCCAGCCCGCCCUGGAAGUUACUCUUUGUCACCAAGACCUAGCUUUGCCUCAGGAGACCAAGCUACCAUGUUCAUUUCUGGGCCACCAAAGAAACGACACCGAGGAUGGUAUCCUGGGUCACCUGUUCCCCAACCUGGUUUAGUUGUACCUAUUCCCACAGUUCGCCCCCUUUCAAGAACUGAGUCCCUUUUAUCUGCCCCAGUUCCACAGACUCCAUUAACUGGAAUUUUACAACCUCGACCCAUUCCUGCAGGGGAAACUGUAAUUGUUCCUGAAAAUCUGCUGAGUAACUCAGGAGUUAGACCAGUAAUCCUGAUAGGCUAUGGCACUUUACCCUAUUUCUAUGGAAAUGUUGGUGACAUUGUUGUGAGUCCUCUGCUGGUGAAUUGCUACAAGAUUCCACAGUUGGAAAACAAAGAUUUGGAACAAUUAGGGUUGACUGGCAGCCAGCUCCUGAGCGUGGAAAACAUGAUUCUUCUGACCAUACAGUAUCUUGUGCGGCUGGGUCCUGACCAGAUACCUCUCAGGGAAGAGUUUGAGCAAAUUAUGCUGAAAGCUAUGCAGGAGUUUACUCUUCGAGAGAGAGCCCUGCAGAUGGAGGCUCAGUGCACACCCGUGUCACCAGGACAGCUGCCCUGGCUGGCUCGGUUAAUUGCCAGCGUAUCUCAAGACUUGGUUCAUGUGAUUGUGACCCAGAACUCUUUGGCAGAGGGUAUUUCAGAGACAUUGAGGACUCUCAGUGAAAUGAGACACUAUCAAAAACUACCAGAUUAUGUUGUGACAAUUUGUGCAUCGAAAAUCAGAGGAAAUGAAUUUUGUGUGGUAGUAUUAGGUCAGCAUCAGUCCAGAGCUCUGGCAGAGAGCAUGCUCACCACAAGUGAGUUUUUGAAAGAAAUUAGCUAUGAGCUCAUCACAGGAAAGGUCAGUUUCCUGGCAUCGCAUUUCAAAACCACAUCAUUAGGAGAUGACCUAGACAAGCUACUAGAAAAAAUGCAACAGAGAAGAGGAGAUAGUGUGGUGACCCCUUUCAACGGAGACCUUAAUGAAUGUGUGUCCCCUCAGGAGGCUGCGGCUAUGAUCCCCACGCAGAACCUGGAUUCAGGUAAUGAAACCUUCCAAAUUUAUCAGCCGCAGCUCACCGUUGCCAGAAAACUCUUGUCUCAGGUGUGUGCUAUAGCAGACAGCGGCAGCCAGAGCUUGGACCUUGGCCACUUCAGCAAAGUGGACUUCAUCAUCAUUGUCCCGAGAUCAGAGGUUCUGGUCCAGCAGACUCUUCAACGGAUCCGACAAUCGGGUGUCCUUGUAGACUUGGGUCUGGAGGAAAAUGGGACGGCCUAUCAGAGAGCAGAGAAAUACGUGGUUCGUCUAGACAAUGAGAUUCAAACCAAGUUUGAAGUUUUCAUGAGAAGGGUGAAACAGAACCCAUACACACUGUUUGUGCUAGUUCAUGACAACUCCCAUGUGGAACUAACGAGUGUCAUUUCGGGCUCUUUGUCACAUGGUGAACCUGGCCAUGGAUUGGCUGACAGAGUCAUUAACUGCAGGGAGGUUCUGGAAGCUUUCAACCUUCUGGUGCUCCAGGUUACCUCCUGCCCAUAUACUCUGCAGACCCAACAGUCUCGAAUCAGCACCAGCAACGAGGUUCACUGGAUCCAGCUGGACAGCACAGAGGACAUGAACGGUGAGGAAAAGCUGUAUUUCGGCCUAAAUGAGUACAGUAAAUCUCUUCAGUGGGGAAUCACAAGCCCCCUUCUGAGAUGUGAUGAGACUUUUGAAAAAAUGGUGAACACUCUCUUGGAGAGGUACCCCAGGCUGCACAGCAUGGUCGUCCGCUGCUACCUUCUCAUCCAGCAGUACUCAGAGGCUCUGAUGGCUCUCACCACCAUGGCGUCGCUCCGGGACCACAGCACGCCGGAAACACUCAGCAUCAUGGAUGACCUCCUCAGCUCCCCAGGAAAAAACAAAAGUGGGAAGGGACACAUGCUCAUUCUCAGGGUGCCCUCCGUGCAGCUGGCGAUGCUGGCCAAGGAGCGGCUGCAGGAGGUGCGCGACAAGCUGGGACUGCAGUACCGCUUCGAGAUCAUCCUCGGGAACCCAGCCUCUGAACUCAGCGUUGCAACCCACUUUGUGACGCGAUUAAAGACUUGGAGAGGAAAUGAAGCAGAAGAGUGGAUCCCUCGGACAUACCAAGAUCUAGAAGGUCUGCCUUGUAUUGUGAUCUUAACUGGCAAAGAUCCUCUUGGAGAAACCUUUCCCAGGUCUUUGAAGUAUUGUGACCUCCGGUUAAUUGAUUCAAGCUAUUUAACUCGCACGGCCUUGGAGCAGGAGGUGGGUCUGGCAUGCUGCUAUGUCUCAAAGGAAGUCGUUCGAGGGCCCACUGCUGCCCUGGACCUUAGUAGCAAGGAGCAAGAGAGAGCCACAGCCAGCGAGAAUGACGCCGAGGAGCUGCUGAUCGACCUGGAGAGGCCCCAGAGCAAUAGCAGUGCUGUCACUGGAACCUCAGGCUCCAUCAUGGAGAACGGGGUGAGCUCCUCCAGCACAGCAGACAAGUCCCAGAAGCAGCCGCCGACCCCCAGCUUCCAGAGCCCGGGCAACAGCGCGGGGCUGGACGAAGGGGUCUCGGCGGGCAUCGCGGAGCCUCUGAAGCAGGAGUGCGACUCCCUGGGCCCCCCGAUGGCGAGCAGCACGACCUCCAAGCCCUCAUCGUCCUCGUCGGGACCCCGCACCCUGCGGUGGCCGGGCCCGCCCGCCGCGCUGCCCCCGAUAGUGAUCCUGUCCAAGGCGGCCUACAGCCUCCUGGGCUCCCCGAGGGCGGGUAGGCUGCCGGCCUCCGCGGCCCUGCUGCCGCACGCCGACGUGGCCUGGGUCAGCUCGCUGCGGCCGCUCCCGCCCCGGCAGGCGGGCGGCGAGGAGCAGUCGCGCUACUACCGCCAGUGGACCUCGGCGCGGCCGCACCACGCAGACUACAGCAACCAGCCCGACCCCGGCUCGGGAGCGCGCACCUGCCACCCGCGCCGCCUGCUGUUGAGCGGGCCGCCCCAGGUGGGAAAGACCGGCUCCUAUUUACAGUUCCUCAGGAUCCUCUUCCGCAUGCUCAUCAGGCUCCUGGAGGUGGACGUGUACGACGAGGGGGAGAUCAACGCCGAUCACAGUGAAAGCAGUGAAGUGAGCCAGUCAGAGGGAGAGCCCUGGCCUGACAUCGAGAGCUUCAGUAAAAUGCCCUUUGACGUCAGUGUGCACGACCCCAAGUAUAGGCUGAUGAGCCUGGUCUACACUGAGAAGCUGGCAGGGGUCAAACGAGAAGCAAUAAAGGAAUCUAAAGUUGAGGAGCCCCGGAAACGAGAAACUGUGUCCAUGAUGCUGACCAAGUAUGCAGCCUACAACACCUUCCACCACUGCGAGCAGUGCCACCAGUACAUGGACUUCACCUCUGCCUCCCAGAUGUCCGACUCCACCCUUCAUGCCUUCACCUUCUCUUCGUCUAUGCUGGGAGAAGAGGUGCAGCUCUAUUUCAUCAUUCCCAAGUCCAAAGAGAGUCAUUUUGUCUUCAGCAAGCAGGGCAAACACCUGGAGAGCAUGCGGCUGCCCCUGGUUUCAGACAAGAAUUUGAACGCAGUCAAGAGCCCCAUCUUCACUCCCUCCAGUGGUCGCCACGAGCAUGGACUCCUAAACCUUUUUCACGCCAUGGAGGGCAUCAGCCACCUGCACCUUCUGGUGGUCAAAGAAUAUGAGAUGCCGCUGUACCGCAAGUACUGGCCCAACCACAUCAUGCUGGUGCUUCCGGGCAUGUUCAAUAAUGCAGGCGUGGGUGCUGCCAGGUUUCUCAUUAAGGAGCUGUCAUAUCACAACCUGGAGCUGGAGAGGAACCGCUUGGAAGAGCUGGGCAUUAAACGCCAGUGUGUCUGGCCUUUCAUCGUUGUGAUGGACGACUCGUGCGUCCUGUGGAACAUCCACAGUGUUGAGCAGAGCGGACAGCCUGUGGAAACAGGAGUUUCCAGUAAGAACGUGUCCUUGAAGAGUGUCUUGCAGCACAUUGAAGCGACACCAAAAAUCAUCCACUACGCAAUCCUGGGCAUACAAAAGUGGAGCAGCAAACUGACUUCUCAGAGCCUCAAAUCCCCAUUCUCUAGGUGCCACGUGCACGACUUCAUUCUCCUCAACAUAGACUUGACUCAGAAUGUGCAGUAUGACUUCAACAGGUAUUUCUGUGAAGAUGUUGACUUUAACCUGAGAACAAACAGUAGUGGCCUGCUCAUCUGCCGCUUUAAUAACUUCAGUCUCAUGAAGAAGCAAGUUCAGGUUGGAGGGCAAAGGGACUUUAUCAUUAAACCAAAGAUCAUGGUGUCAGAGAGCCUAGCACCUAUCUUGCCCCUGCAGUAUGUCUGUGCUCCAGACAGCGAACAUACGCUACUGGCAGCCCCUGCACAGUUUCUCCUGGAGAAGUUCCUUCAGCAUGCCUCGUACAAACUCUUCCCCAAAGCCAUCCAGAACUUCAGGAGUCCCGUGUUGGCCAUCGACUGCUACCUUAACAUUGGGCCUGAGGUGGCCAUAUGCUACGUCAGCUCCCGACCCCACUCCAGCAAUGUCAACUGUGAAGGGGUGUGUUUCAGUGGACUCCUCUUGUACCUCUGUGACUCUUUUGUAGGUGCUGAUCUUCUUAAGAAAUUUAAGUUUCUAAAAGGUGCUACCCUCUGUGUCAUCUGCCAAGACAGAAGUUCCUUACGCCAAACAAUUGUCCGCUUAGAGCUGGAGGAUGAGUGGCAGUUCCGCCUCCGGGACGAGUUUCAAACCGCUAACAGCAGUGACGACAAGCCCCUCUACUUUCUUACUGGACGUCACGUAUGA